GUAAAAGUUGAAACUCUAAGAAUUUCAUUUUCUGUUUAUAUGCAGGUGUGUUGAGUUCAGAUUAUAAAAGUGUUGUUACUUACUCAACGAGAAACUCCUAAGAAAAACCGAAAAUAUGGAAGAGGCAAACAAGGGUUUGGCGAAAUUGAACAAAGGCUCAGACAAAAAUGAAGAGGCAAUGAUCAAAACACUCGAUCAAGCAAACUGGGACCAAUUUAUUGCUCCUGCUCCCAUGUCAAUUGCUCUCUUGGGACAACUCAUCCUUAUCUCUGCUGAAACAGACUUUUCCCUGCAAGACAAGAGCAAAGAAGUGUCCUUCAAGCAUCUCAAAUAUCCAGAUUCUUUUCGGGCGUGUUUAAUGCAGGUAAGCAAUGGUGGUUACAAGGCGUUUAAUAAAGCCCACACUAACAUGGAUCAAAUACGUUUAUACUCUGGUAACGUCGAUGGUCAUGUUAAGACAGCCAUGAAAAUCUUGCUUGGAGGAACUCCUGGUGAGGUGGAGUUAAUGUUACCUGAUACUCUACAUGCCAUUGAAAACAUCGCUGAUGAAUGUGUGCAGUUGUCUACUGAGGCUGAAGCUGAGUUUCAGAAAGUUAUGGAGUUGAUUUGUGAGCUUCUAGAGGCUUGCACAAGAGCUAAGGGACAAUACGAAAAAGAUUUAAGAGAAACUCAGAUAGCGAUUGAAGUUCUCAAUAAGAACAAAGAAAGUAUUGAAUCAAGAAAAGAAGAAGCCGAAAAGAAAAAAAAUAAAAUGAUUAAACAAAUGCAGAAUGCCGAGAAAGAUUUCAAGAAAGCCAUGGAUUCUAUGCCUUCAACAGGUGACAUGAUACAAUUGGCUUUUGUUGGUAUGGUAACAGAUGUUGCCAGAAAUCUGUCGAGCUUGGUAUCUUUUGGCAGAAAUAGUUCAUCAACAGGAUCAUCGAAGCAAAAGGAUAAAGGAAACACGAACGCUGCAACAAACUUCGAGAAUGAAUCAAGCAAAUUGAAGAUUUUGAAGAAGAUGCCAGACAUUAAUUGUCAUAUUGAAGCCAUCAACAAGUUACUUGUUAUGAAAAAGGAUAAAGAUGGCAACAGGAAAUUAGAUCUUAAGAAAAUUAAAGGUGGUUCUAUUCUGGAAAAAAUAAGACAAGAACUCGUGCUCAAACAGAAAAAUCUGCCAGAAAAUGGAGAUGCGAAGCUGCGAUCUGAAGUUAACGACAUCUUGGACAAUGGCGUUCAAAUCUGUCAGGAGCUUGGUGAAUUGGUGUGUAUGAUGAAUAUCGACGACGAUCAAGUGGAAAAUUUGAUCGACAGAGCAAAGGAAUUGUCCUUUAAGGCUGGAAGUUUAAAAAUGGCUUAUGAUGUUGCUCAAGGAGCCAGCCCAAUAGUGAACAACCCACCACACAUGGAAAAAGUAGCUCAACAACAAGGAAGUGACGGUGGCGGUGACAUGGUCAAUUCUGCUGUACAAUCGGCAAGAUAUAAAACAGAAACAGCAAAGGCAGUAUUGCACGAAUCCCAAGAAAGAUACGACAAGUCAUGUGAAGAACUUGACCAGCAGAUGAAGGAAUAUGGAAAUGUAUUAGCAGACCUGGCUAAACAAGAUAUGAGAAAGAUUGAUUUCGAAAGCAUACGAAAGAUUUUGAUUCAAGGUAUGAAGGCACUUUCUGAGCUGCAAGAGAAAUGGGGAAAGCUUGUGCAGUUUUUUCAAAUGCUUUCGAAUCUUGUAAAAUGUUCACUUGAAUCUUCUUUGAAAAGUUUUGCCAGCACGACUCGUAAUAGAGCUAUGCUAGGUGAAAAAGGUGAAAUCAUGUCCAAGGCAAUGAGGGAUGUACUUUUUGAGCAAGCAUUUGAAGCAAACAAGAUUGCUUAUGUGGUGAACAGCAUUUCUGAUGCAUACUACAACAUAUCACAGGCGCAUCUGAUGCCUCAAGUCACGUGCCUUGGUAGCUUGGUUGCCCUGGACCCGAAAACAGAACGAAGGGAGAUGGAUUUGAAACGAGAAGAACUUAACGAUGGCUGCGAGAAGGCACAAAAUGCUAUCACAAGAAUAGCAAGAGAAAAAAAAAGGGAAAUUGAUCAGAUUUUCGAAAGAAGAAUUAAGAAAAUCCAAGAUGAAGUGGAAGCAUUGAUGCCUCCAUUAGCGGAGGAGAAAAUUCUUGAAAUAAAAGAGAAGGCGAAGGCAACAGUAGAUCUUGGAAAGAACGCAAUUGAAGAGGAUGUUGAUUAUUACAGUUAAACUUACAGCUGAACGAUUUUUAGUCAAGAUCUAAUUUGUUAAAUUUGUGCAAACUAAGACAACGAUAUUUUACUUUAAUUUAAUUUGUGCUCGUGAUUAUGCAAUUAUUAUACAAGACUUGUCAAAUUUUUUCCUCCAAGAGAGAAAAUUACAAAAUUUUUGGGUUUGCUUCUUUUUUUUUGCUAAAAUUAAUCAGUUAUUUCUACGUCAUUAAUUGAACUACUACAACUUUGAAAUAAAGAAAUAUACGUCGUGUGUAA